ACAACUAUUUCCACCAUUUAAUUUCUUUCAUGUAUUGAAAGGAAAAUAUCAUAAAAGAAGAGGAAGCAAAGAUGACACUAGUUUGGUCUCCAGAAACAGCUUCAAAAGCAUAUCUUGACACCAUAAAAACAUGUGGAAUAUCAAGUAAAACCAGCGCCGCAGAAUUUUUAUCAGCCAUGGCUGCGGGAUAUAACGCAAAAUUAAUAGUUGAGGCAUGGAACAAACAUGAAAAUGGGGACAACGUCUCAAACAUCUCCACAAUUAGCACAGGCCUAGCCAUUGCCGCGAAACACACGCAUGGGAGGCACGUAUGCAUGGUACCGGACGAAGCUUCAAGAGUAGAAUACGUGAGUGCCAUGCAGAAAUUAUCGUCCGACAUGUCGUUGCCGGAAGUAGUGGUUGUGGGAGAAGAUGAGGCGGAGGAGAUAACUAGAAAGCUGAAUAAACCGGUUGAUUUUUUUGUUGUUGAGAUUGAUGGUGGGAGAAAAAACUUUAGUAAAGGUUUAAUAAGUAGUGUUAAAUUGAAUCAACAUGGAGCAAUCUUAGUAUGCAAAAGGAAUAUUAGUACUACGUUGAGUUGGAAAGGGGUCCUUGAUGCAAAAUUAAGCGUUGUGAGAGCAAUAACACUUCCAUUUGAAAAUAUUGGACUAGAGAUUGCUUAUAUAUCAAGUAGUAGUAAUAAUAUUGGAAAUUUCAAGUCCAAAAAUAAUCCCAAGCGUUGGAUUAGGCAUGUUGAUCAAGAAUCAGGUGAAGAGCAUAUGAUCCGGCGAUGAAUAUAUUUUAUAUAUAACAUGACUACUACUAAGAGG